CAUACAUAUAAAACGCUCAUUACUCUGUAUCCACUUUUAACCCUGACCAAAAAAAAAUCCAAAGUCGCGGCCACAUUCAGUGUAUUUUAUGCUGCUUUCUUAGCACACUGAAAAGUGUGGUGUGUAGAGUAGCAGAGAUAUGGUGAAGAUGUUGUUACCAGGGUCCAGGAAAAGGCAAGAACCGCCUGAAAUCUUGGAGGGUCCACAUCUUAAAAAGCGGAGGAUGGAUCUUGGUGUUAAGCAGGAGUGUGGGAAGAUUCUGAAAACAUUGAUGACCCAUGAAUUUGGAUAUGUUUUCAAUCAGCCCGUGGAUCCUGUCGAGUUGGGCAUUCCUGAUUAUUUUAAUAUUAUUUCGCAUCCUAUGGAUCUAGGGACGAUACAAAAGAAGUUGGUGGAAGAUAUCUAUUCUUUUACAGAAGCAUUUGCUGUUGAUGUCAGACUCACAUUUGCCAAUGCAAUGAAAUAUAAUCCUCCUGAGAAUUAUGUUCAUUCGAUGGCAAAGGAGCUGAACCUUCUUUUUGAAAGAAGGUGGAGAUUGUUUGAGGCGAAGUUGACUAAAGCGAACAAAAGCGUUGCAGAACCCGCCAAAUUAAAAAACAGUCCUCUAGACGCGAGCAGAGUUAUCAAUAAAACACUGUUUAAGAUUUCAGAAAGAAGAAACGUUCUUGAACAGGGCAAAUCUAAAGUUAAUCCUCAAGACAUGAGCAAAAUCUGCAACAAAACGCCAGCCAAGACCUUAGAAAGCAUAAGCGUUGCAGAACCGAGCAGAUCAAAGUCUAACUCCAUAGACUCGAGCAAAAUUUGCACCAAAACACCAGCCAAGACCUCAGAAACCAAAAGUGUUAAACGACCAGGUCUUAGUGAAGCUGUUAAAGCAAAGAAACUUGAAGAUACAUUCAAGAUUACAACACGCCCUGAGGUGACACCUUCAAUAUCCGGUAAAGAGAAGUUGAGGCUUAAGGAGGAGCUUUUAGUAGCAUUGAGAGGGGAAUUGAGUGGAGUGCUGCGUGGUUUUCUAAGGAAACAUGGUUUAAUUCCCUUGAGGACAGAGAAGAUCGAGAGUGUUUUUGCUACGUUUGAUGAUAGUACCUUAUUAGAGUUGAAAAGAGUGGUAAAAGGCUCUUUGGGCACAAGUAUGUUUAAGGGCAAGGACGAUUAUGUUAGAACACAACGGAUGGCGGAGGUUACAGGAAGACAGAAACUUGAAGAAAAAUCAAUUAUUGAAUCUCGAAUCAGAGCUGCUAGAGCUGCAAAAGAAGCCAUUCUUGAGAGCGCAAAGUCUGAGUUGCAAAUGAGGCGUGACAGAGAAAGAGAAAGAGUAGAGAAGAUGAAAAGAACAGUUGUCAUAGAUGACAACUUGUUAUUUCUGGGGGAGCUUGAGAAACUAUGCCAAUAUUCUGGGAUUGCAAACCCUCUGGAGCAACUUGGGCUGCGUUUAAAGGAUGAGUACUAUAAUGGAUAUGAGUACAUUGAGGAUGAGGAUGGUGAUAUCUUUGAAGAGCUAGAAGAUGGUGAGAUCUUAUGACAGAAACCGCUGCAGUUGGUAGAUUUUUCUAUUGUUGUGAACCGAAUCAGUAUAAAUGUCAUACUUGUCGUGGGAAUCUGAAGUGUAAAUGAACUUUUUUUUUUCUCCCGGAUGACAUGAUGGUUCUGGUAAUGUUUUAUUGUAUGCUGAACUGAGUAAAUGUAUAUAACUAAGAGAGCUAAAUUAAGUCAUAGAAUUUCAUCACA